AUGUUCUUCUCCAACUGGGAAUACCAGGGGGAUGGUUGGGAUGUGUGCGCCUCAGAGUGCCCCUUCCAGGGUAACUUUAUUUGCACAUCCCCCCUGGAGAACCAGCGACCCUUGCUGCUGGAGGAGAACAUCGGCACUUUAGUGACGAUCGAGCUGAAGAAGAUCCAGAAGGUUCUGAGUCCAGAUUACCCAGAAUGCUCAGAGAGUCAGGGGGAGGGUGAGGAUGAGGAUGAAGAGCAGAGGAGCAGCAGAGAGGCAUUUCUGAAGAUCACACUGCACUUCCUGAGGAGAAUGAAGCAGGACGAGCUGGCUGACCGUCUAAGGGUCAAAAUAUUUUGUAAACGUAAACUCAAGACUAACCUAAACAAGAAGUUCCAGUGUGUGUUUGAGGGGAUUGCUAAAGCAGGAAACCCAGCCCUUCUGAAUCAGAUGUUCACAGAGAUCUACAUCAUGGAGGGAGGGACUGCAGAGGUCAAUGAUGAACAUGAGGUCAGACAGAUUGAAACAGCUUCCAGAAAACCAGACAGACCAGAAACAACAAUCAGACGAGAAGACAUCUUUAAAGCCCCACCUGGAAGAGAUGAACCAAUCAGAACAGUGAUGACUAAGGGAGUGGCUGGCAUCGGGAAAACAGUCUUAACACAGAAGUUCACUCUGGACUGGGCUGAAGGUAAAGCCAACCAGGACAUCCAGUUCAUAUUUCCUUUCACUUUCAGAGAGCUGAACAUGGUGAAAGAGAAAAAGUACAGCUUGGUGGAACUUGUUGAUCACUUCUUCAGUGAAACUAAAGAAGCAGGAAUCUGCAGGUUUGAAGAGUUCCAGGUUGUGUUCAUCUUUGACGGUCUGGAUGAGUGUCGACUUCCUCUGGACUUCCUCAACACUGAGAUCCUGACUGAUGUUACAGAGUCCACCUCAGUGGGUGUGCUGCUGACAAACCUUAUCAGAGGGAAUCUGCUUCCCUCUGCUCACCUCUGGAUAACCACACGACCUGCUGCAGCCAAUCAGAUCCCUGCUGAGUACCAAUCAGAAUCUCCUACGAGGCCUGAUGACACAGACAGGAAGUAG